CAUCGCCGCCGUGUAAAGUUCCCGGAUGCUGGGGACACGAACAUCAGAGGCUCCGACAUCGAGUGGCGCUUCUGUAUGUAUCUAUUCUGUGUAAGUAGUAAGUAGGAUUCUAUGUUCGUAUUGAGUUAGAAAUGUUCGAGGAGGAGAGAAAAGAAGCGACUGACAUUCCCCCGAUUGCUACUCCGUCAUCUUCGAAAGGUUUUAGCAAACGACAUGUGUUGAUGAUAAUAGCGUUACUCGGCUUUGCAAACGUCUACGCACUUCGGGUGAAUUUAAGCGUGGCGCUUGUUGCAAUGGUGAAUGCUUCGUAUGCAAACGGCCACGAAGAGAGAGAAAAUGAAAGAUGCAGCCCUGCAAGUUCUUCGGCAACCAAGCAUGAUGGCGCAUUCAAAUGGAGUCAACAUUUACAAGGCAUUGUUCUUGGCUCAUUCUUUUACGGCUACAUAUUCACGCAGCUUCCUGGCGGUUGGUUAGCUGCAAAGUAUGGUGCGAAACGUGUGUUUGGUUUUGGUGUUUUGACGACACUUCUUACAUUGUUUACACCUGUUGCGGCAAAGUUCAGUGUUUACGUCCUUGUACUGCUACGUAUUCUGGAAGGGCUUGGAGAGGGCGUUACUUUCCCUGCCAUGCAUGCAAUGUGGAGUUACUGGGCACCACCAUUAGAAAGAAGUAAAUUGGUAUCCACUACUUACGCAGGAAGUCAGAUUGGAACGAUUAUCGCUUAUCCAUUAUCAGGCUGGCUUUGUGCGUAUGGUUUUGAUGGUGGAUGGCCUUCCGUAUUUUAUGUGUUUGGUUUGUUAGGAUUCGUUUGGUGUUUUUUUUGGAUGUAUUUUGUUCACGAUACCCCACGUGAACAUCCGUCAAUAUCCGCGAAGGAACUAUUGUACAUUGAAAAAACUCUUGGUGAACAACAGGACAGUUUUACGCCCAAAGAUCAGGGUUACAACACACCUUGGAAAACAAUCGUGACGUCAACACCUGUUUGGGCCAUUAUUGUCGCCCAUUUUGCUAACAACUGGAGUUUCUACACCUUACUAACGACAAUGCCGACCUACUUUAAAGAGGUUCUUGGAGUUAAUAUUCGUGAGAAUGGCCUGAUUUCAGCUAUUCCGUUUGUAUGCAAUUUUAUAUCCAUUGUUUUGACUGGACAUGUUGCAGAUUAUAUCCGCCAUCACAAGUUGUUAUCAACCGAGAUAGUUAGAAAAAUUGCUAACACCACAGGGAUGACGGUAACUGCAGCAUCGUUAAUUGCCGCUAGUUUUGUCCAUUGCAACCAAACAGCCCUCGCCGUGUUUUUCCUAUCGUUUGCGUUGAUUGGUUGUGGCUUCAACCAAUCAGGCUAUCAAGUAAACCAUUUGGAUAUUGCUCCUCGAUAUGCUGGUGUGUUAAUGGCGAUAACUAACACAUUUGGCACAAUAUCUGGUAUUGUAUCACCUUACGUCGUUGGACUGCUUACCAAUAACAAGCCAACCCGACAACAAUGGCUUGUCGUUUUUUACAUUGCUGCUUUCGUUAACGUGUUGGGAAUGACCGUGUUUAUUUUUUGUGCACGUGGAAAUGAAGAGGCGUGGAACCAACCAGAAUUAGAGAGAAAUGUUAGUUCUUUUUCCCCAAAUUCUAUGAGCGAUUCGUAUACAAAAAUUAUAUGAUUUGGCCAUUUUAAGUCAAAGUUACCACGACUUCUAUGGCCUGCGUUUUUUAUAAAGACGUAAUUUAAUGGGAUAUUAGUGGAGCAAUCAACCCAAUAUAAUGAAUGAAUAUUUGAAUGGAGUUAAUAUAUAAAGAAAUCUGCUACAAGACAUGUGUAUAGACAAAUGGGAUGGAAGCGGAAGUUAUUUACAAUUUUUUAGUGAUUAGAGGAGCUAAGUAUUUACAAGUUAAUGAUAGUAUUGACAUGCUCAAUUUGUUUGUUAAGAUUAGGCUUGAGUUUUUUGAUGUACAGUGCUUCUUUUAGUUUUAAAGGAGUGUGGGCACUGUCUAAUAUACGAAAGCAAGGUUGUGAGUAUUUAGAUUUGAAGUUAAGUGAUGAGAGGAGGUGUUUCAAUAUGUGAGAGUUUUUAUCGGAAGUGGUAUGCUCUUUGAUCCGUGUGGAGAGGUGGCGGCUGGUUUUGCCAAUGUAGCGAGAAUUACAUCCCACACAAGAGAAUUCGUAAACCCCAUUGGAUUUUAAGACAAAAGAGAUGGGGUCUUUGAAGCGGAAGAAGUUUUUCAUUUUAAAAGAAGAGAAUACUAGUUUUAUGCCUAAGUUUGUGCAGUAACGUCUGACCAAGUUAUGUAGUUUUCGUUUUGCGAUUUGUGAGUAGAGGCCAAUGUAAGGUAGCUUGAAGUAAUGGAUUUGGGGUUUGGCUUGUGUGUGUGGUCUUGUUCAUUGUUAGUUGUGUUAGAAAAAAGUUGUUAAAAAAAGUUGUCGUUUACGUUAAAUGCAUCAUUUCAAUCGUGCUAUUACGAAAUUAUGCAAAUACAAAAGACUUGGGAUAACUUGCAAUGCGCAAAGCGCUUACUUUCAAACAUUAUUUGCAAUUAACACUAAAUCGUUGGAAAUAUAGACUUUUCAAAAUGUGAUCAUAAAAAAAGUAACAACAAACAGCGCGGCCCGUUUGCUGCAAACACUAGUGUCAAUAAAUACAUAGAUACAUACAAGUGUCUGUUAUGUAAUCCAAUACAUGUCAUAAGUGUG